UUCCCGUUGCCUAGGUGAAAGCAGCUAUUAAUGUCAUAGUUAGAGGAUGCGCUUAGUGGUUUCCUUGGUAACGGGAACGCUGCAGAUAAUUAGACGAUGUCUGAACCGAACUGGAGUCCAGGUUAUCAAUGUUAGUAAUGUUUAAGAUAGCAGCCGUCACGGUUCGGGUAAUAGACAUGAACUAUCUGCUGAGCAGCGGCUCACUGGGCUGAAGCGGAAGUGGCUUUGUUGUAGCCCCGCCUCCCGACCCGGGACGAAACCACGCCUUCAGUUUGAAUGGUACUGAAGUGGAAGAAGUCUGCUGACGAGUGGAUCGGAUAGGCCAAUAUGAAAGCACUAAUUCUCGUUGGUGGAUAUGGAACCAGGCUGCGGCCUUUAACACUGAGUGUGCCAAAGCCAUUAGUAGACUUCUGUAACAAACCCAUCCUCCUGCACCAAGUGGAGGCCCUGGUAAAGGCUGGAGUCACACAUGUGAUCCUUGCUGUCAGCUACAUGUCAGACAUGUUAGAAAAGGAAAUGAAGGAACAGGAAAAGAGGCUUGGUAUCCGAAUCUCAAUGUCCCAUGAAAAGGAGCCUUUGGGUACAGCUGGUCCUUUAGCCCUGGCAAGGGAACUACUGACAGAAAACUCGGAACCAUUCUUUGUCCUUAACAGUGAUGUCAUUUGUGACUUUCCUUUCGAGGAUAUGGUGAGAUUCCAUAAACACCACGGGAAAGAAGGAACCAUCGUGGUAACAAAGGUAGAGGAACCUUCAAAAUAUGGAGUUGUUAUAUAUGAAGCAGAAUCAGGGCGAAUCCAACGCUUUGUGGAGAAGCCACAGGUGUUUGUGUCCAACAAGAUCAACUCAGGACUGUACAUCUUCUCCCCGGCUGUGCUGGAUCGUAUUCAGCUACGCCCAACCUCCAUAGAAAAGGAGAUUUUCCCUGUUAUGGCUCAGGAGGGGCAGUUAUUUGCAUUGGAGCUGCAAGGGUUCUGGAUGGACAUUGGUCAGCCUAAAGACUUCCUGACCGGCAUGUGUAUGUACCUCCAGUCUGUCAGACACAAGCACCCAGAGCGGCUUCAUGUUGGACCUGGAUUCACUGGGAAUGUUCUGGUGGAUCCCACAGCGAAGAUUGGUCAGAACUGCAGCAUUGGCCCUAAUGUGACUAUUGGCCCUGGCGUGACUGUAGAGGACGGAGUGCGGAUCAAGCGCUGCUCUAUCAUGAAAGGCUCCAGGCUGCACUCCCAUUCCUGGCUUCAGUCCUCCAUUGUUGGUUGGAGCUCAUCAGUAGGACAGUGGGUGCGCAUGGAGAAUGUGACUGUGCUGGGGGAAGACGUCAUUGUUAAUGAUGAACUUUACCUAAAUGGAGCCAACGUCCUGCCACACAAGUGCAUCUCUGAGUCUGUGCCAGAACCACGGAUAAUCAUGUAGAACUACAAGACUCUUGCUCAGACAACACAUCCCUCUAUUAUGAUUGGGGACUAUGAACAGUAAUCUGUGCUGUCCAGCAACAAGGGGGUUUUGCUCAAUUGUACAGAGAGGAGCAGAGAAAUAAAGAAGAGUACAAUCUCAGGAUAUGAUAUCCUCUACAGUCAUGGGUAUACAGGCUGGCACGGUGCUAAAAAAAAAAAAAAGAAGUUUGGCUAUGGAGAAGUGUAUGAUAGCCGUGCCUUUGUUCCUUGGUGAGACAAUUCACUGGGAAUCAGCCUGUAGAUAUUUUAUUCUAUAAGGAGAAGCCUUCACAGGGGCACCAGAUACACAAAGGAGCAGCUCACACUGGGCCCAUCUCUCCAAGCUGCAGGGAGGGCUUAUAACACAGGCUAUUCUCAAAUAAUAGUGACGUCAAUAUUAGGGAUAGUAUGUCACUCCCAUGUCUCUAUACUGCCUGUGCUUAUCGAAAGGAAGCAGCGUUUUUAAGAAUCAGUUUUCUGCUACGGAGUGUCAGAUGAAUUUAAUAUGAGAACUCUACCGUGUCAUUUGUGUUUUCCAACUUCUUAUAAAGGAAAGAUAUUUUUAA